GGAAGCUGCAGACGCUGGACGUGCUGCUGCGGCGCCUGAAGGCGGGGGCCCACCGCGUCCUCAUCUUCACCCAGAUGACGCGGAUGCUCGACGUCCUCGAGCGCUUCCUCACCUACCACGGCCACAUCUACCUGCGCCUGGACGGCAGCACCCGCGUCGAGCAGCGCCAGGCGCUGAUGGAGCGCUUCAACGCCGACAAGCGCAUCUUCUGCUUCAUCCUCUCCACCCGCAGCGGCGGGGUGGGCGUCAACCUGGCGGGGGCCGACACCGUCGUCUUCUACGACAGCGACUGGAACCCCACCAUGGACGCCCAGGCGCAGGACCGCUGCCACCGCAUCGGCCAGACCCGCGACGUCCACAUCUACCGGCUGAUCAGCGAGCGGACGGUGGAGGAGAACAUCCUGAAGAAGGCCAACCAGAAGAGGAUGCUGGGGGACAUGGCCAUCGAGGGGGGCAACUUCACCACCGCCUACUUCAAGCAGCAAACGAUCCGUGAGCUCUUCGACAUGGCGCCGGACGAGCCGGGGGACAGGGACAGGGACGGUCCCCAAGAGGAGGACGAGGACCCCGCGGCCAGCCGGCGCACGCACAUCCUGGAGCAGGCGCUGUGCGGGGCGGAGGACCCCGAGGACAUCCGGGCGGCCUCGCAGGCGCAGGCGGAGCACGUGGCGGCGCUGGCCGAGUUCAGCGAGAGCCUCAGCCCCGAGGAGGAGCGCGGCGCCCGCGAGGCCGAAGAGGAGCUCUCCAAGGCCGAGCAGGAGAUCGCCGCCCUUGUCGAGCAGCUGACGCCCAUCGAGCGCUACGCCAUGAACUUCCUGGAGGCCUCGCUGGAGGACGUCAGCCGCGAGGAGCUGAAGCAGGCCGAGGAGCAAGUGGAGGCGGCACGCAAGGACAUCGACCAGGCCAAGGGCGAGGGCCGCUUCCGGCUGCCGGCCGAGGAAGAGGAGGAGGCGGCGGCGGCGGCGGCGGCCGGCGACGAAGCGCACCGGCACCCGCGCCAGCCAGCGCCUGCGGGCGGCCGCGACGGCGCCGCGGGCGACGCCGGCGGCGCCGCGACCGGCCCCGGCGGCACCGCGGGCACCGCUGUCACCGCGCGCGACGCCGACGUCGCCGAGGACGCCGCCCACGUCGCCGCGGGGGGCCGGGACGUCCCCCCGGGCGCCCACCGGGACGCCGGCCGCGGCGAGAGCGGCGCCGGCCACGCCGCCGGCCGCCCUGCUGACGUCACACGCCGCGCCGGUGACGUCAUCGCCGACGCCGGCGGUGCUGGUGAUGACGCAAGUGCCCGCGGCGCCGGCACAGCCGGCGCCGGUGACGCCGCAAGCGGCCCCGCUGCUGCCCCCCGCCGCCCUGGUGACGUCACAACCGGCUCCGGUGACGUCUCCGCCGGCUCCGGUGACAUCACAAGCGACGCCGGUGACAUCACAAGCAGCCCCGGUGACGGCACAGGCGGCCACCGUGACGGCACAAGCGGCCCCGGCGACGACCAAAGCGCCGCCGGCGACGCCGCCCCCGGCCCCGGCACCGCCGCAACCGCCCCCGGCGCCGCCCAACGCCACGCCGGCGACGUCACCAGCGGCACCAGUGACGUCACAGGCCGCGCCGGUGACAUCGCCGCCGGCGCCCGCCCCCACCCCGGUGACUCUACCGCCCUCCCCGGCACCCAACCCGGCGAACGCGGCGCCGUCCGGCGCGGCAUCGCCGCCGCCGCCGGUGGCCUCCGGCGCGGCCUCGCCGCCCCCGCCGCCCCCGACCCCUCCCGCGGCCUCCCCGGUGACGUCAGAGGCGCCGAGCGUGACGUCGGCGCCCCCCCGCGUCCCCUCCCGGGGCCCCCGGCGGCGCCGCAGCGCGGACGUGGAGAUCCGGCAGAGCCGCGCGCCGGGGCCGGCCGCCAAAGUGCUGCGGCAGCUGCCGGGCCGCCUGGUCACCGUCCUCGAGGCGCCCGCGCCGGGACGGCCCCGCCGCCGCCGCCAUGA